UCCUGUCGGUCCGUUGGUCCAUCCUGGCUCCCAUUGUCUCUCCUCCUCACUCCUGGACACGAGCCGGACAAACUAAAUUUACCCGCUGCUCAGCUUUGGCUGCUGCUCUCCAGCGACUCACCCUCACGCUUCACACAGGAAUGAAGACCCACGCUUGUGCUCUCCUCGGAGCAGUGAUGUAACGGAGUCAGCGGCGAGCAUCGGCGGCUGAGCUGUGGAUCUGACCGGGGAGGAGAUGAACCAGAGGCGGCGCGCUGCCUCUCCGCCACACACCCCGGAACCCGCGCGUCCUCCCUCACAUCAGGAUUAAGCAUCAGAUAAUGAAGCCGGCGGUUUGUUUGUGCGAGUGAACCCCGGAGGAUGACACUUGACUGGAGCCACUUUCACUUGUCUUCUCCACCCUUGAAACAAAUUAGGCUACUCCAAUCGUUUUAAGUAGCUCUUAAUCGGAUUAUUAAACAUUUAAUCUGUGGAAUAUCUCGAUCCAAUCUCUCCGUCUGUUGUGCUUUUCAAGACUUCCAGUGGGUUUUAUGAUAAAGAUGCGGCUAAUCCAGAGGACUUUGUUUUAAUGUGGACUCACCUGGAGAGUAAACAAUCGUGUAUCAUAAUCCUAAUUUAUAUGACUUUUGAAGGGAGAUGCUUCUGCACUCCCUGAGCUCCAGAGAGAGAAGAGGCUGAUCUCUUGGUCUCCAAGGCCCAGCAGGAGUGCCGCCACCUGGGCUGCCAGCCAGCCAGACGUCCCUCCAGGGGCCUCUUGGUUUUGGAAGGUCCACCUGGGACAUUUUGGGAGUAAUCCAGACACCCCGAGGACAUCAUGGGGUGUUGCAGCGGCAGGUGUACCUUGGCCUUCAUCUGUGGCAUGCAGCUGGUCAGCGUGUUGGAGCGACAGAUUAUCGACUUUCUGGGGUACCAGUGGGCCCCCAUCCUCAUCAACUUCCUCCACAUCAUCAUCGUCAUCCUCGGCCUGUUUGGUACCAUCCAGUUCAGGCCCAGAUAUGUCACCGGGUACGCUGCCUGGCUGGUCAUGUGGAUGACCUGGAAUGUUUUCAUCAUCUGUUUCUACCUGGAGGUCGGAGAUCUGUCCAAAGACUCUGACCUUGUCCUGACCUUCAACGUGUCCAUGCAUCGCUCCUGGUGGAUGGAGAAUGGCCCGGGGUGCAGGGUGACACCCAUCACACCUCCCCCCUCCUGGGCACCUGAGGACCACCGAUAUAUAUCUAUAUCUGGCUGCCUGAUGGAUUUCCAGUUCAUCGAGGUGGCUCACUCCUCACUGCAGAUACUGCUGGCUCUGGCGGGGUUCAUCUACGCCUGCUACGUGGUCAAACUCAUCUCAGAAGAGGAGGAUAGCUUUGACUUUAUAGGAGGGUUUGACUCAUAUGGCUACCAAGGUCCUCAGAAGACCUCCCACCUCCAACUACAGCCCAUGUACAUGUCAAAAUAAAGCUGGAGUGACAUCAACAUCGCUGCCUUACCGACCAACUGCUCACCACCCGCUUCAUCGCUCUUCAACUUGUCCGACCAGGAUUAUGGAGACUUUUACAACGCUUAUCAAGUCCGACGUUAUCAGUGUUUCAGUUGGAUCUGUACCGAAGGACUUGUUUUUCUGGUGAAACACUGCCCCGCAGUGGAGGGAUUCGGUAACUGGAGGACGACUGGCAUGUUCUUUCAAACUGGAAGUGUGCGACCUCGGUGUGCACAUAUCAUGUUGCUUUUCGACUCUUGACAGAGAAGACGGACCCAAAACUAGUUCUGGAGAAAGAACUCCAUCGUCGAUAAUAGUGUUUAGAUACCGAUGUGUUCACGUCUGUACAGAAACCCAACACACCCACAAACACUCACACAGCACAUGCUCAGUAGCUUCCUAAUGUGAAUCUUAAUGUUUACACUGAGCUAGGAAUCAACAGCGAUUUCCUCAUUCGGAAAACAUCGUCUUGAGGAGAAGAUUGCAGGGAGAAAACAAAACAACUAAUCACUUCCUCCGAGGAGAAGGAUUGAGGUCAGGCCACUGCUUCCCCCACACUGUCUGUAUUUACAGUGCCAAGCUUCACUUGCCCACAUCUCCGCCGCGGCAGGGGCCCUCACUGGUCUGGAUCAGAGGGAAGAUCACAUGACAAUCCAAUGUUGUCGCUUCAGAACAUCAGAGGUCGUGAAAGGAGGACGGUGUCGGGAGCUGAUAGGGCAUAUAAAGUGAAUUUACUCCCCUCUUGAAUCUUUUUGGACCAAAUAAAACCCCAAACCUUUGACAUAAUUGUUGAAAAUGACAGAGAAUAAACAAAGUAGAGUAAAGCUCUUCAGGUGUGGGUUGUUUACAAUAGUGCCCUCUUCUUUCCUAGUAUUUUGAGCAGCUACGUGAAGAGAAAGGCAAGGAAGUAGUCAUGAGAAGUGCCUCAUUUGUUUGUGAAAACACAGGAAGAUGAUACAAGUCAGUAGAUCUACAUCAUCUGCUUAAGUGUUUGGUCAAUGUGUCACACGUGUGUGUCACUUUUCUGUGUUUACUGAAGCCCACAGAGGAGAUUACUGCAUCCGACAGGUUUCCUUACAUGGUCAGUACUGUCACAUCUUCUCGUGUUGAUCAGAAUCUCUGUAAAUAGAGUGAAUGAAAACACACCGUCAUUAAGGCGGAGCAAAAAGGAAGCCUCUCAAUUUGUCUCGAACAAAAGUGAAAUGUCACAUUUACAUUCCUGGCUGGCUUCACUCAACACAGACGAUUGUUGCGCGAAAACAAAAUGUCACUUUGCCUCUUUUGGGGAACUGACACCAAGGCCUUCUCCUCUUCUCACCUCCGUCGGAGCCAUCCUUUCAAUGAACUCUGGUCUGACCAUCCUUUGACCGACCUCUCCAAAAAGGGACAGAACAUUGUGUGUGUUUGCAUGAGGUGUUUCCAAACUGUUGCGUAUAUAAUCUCAUGCAGCGUGUGACUAACUAGCUCCUUUUGUUGAAUGCUCCUCAGCUCUUCUCUAAGAGUUUUAAAUGUGAACUUUGUGAUUUUAUAAAUACUGCUGGAGACAACUAGCUACUACAUUGUAAAACAAAAAAAGAUAUGUAUCUUUGAACUCCUAGAUUUUCUUUCUAAAUCCACAUGUGGCAGUGUUUACUGUUUUUCUAGUCGAUGUAUGAUGUUGUGAUCAAGUGGGACCUUUCUUCUAUUUGUGUAUUUAAUGCAGAGACGGCAAGAGACGAGUAGCUGCACUAGUCUAAUUGUUCAUGAAGCAUCCUGUCAGGGCUGCAAGCUUCACACUCUGUCCCUGAAAGUAGCUCGUGGAGUUGUGACGCAGCCUUGAACUUUGCUUUUCAUUAAAAUGAUUGUAGACAAUUUCUACUUUUUUGUUUGUGCUACUUCCUGUGUGAGAUGUUUCCUGUAAAUGGAAGUAAAAGAAACUGCUUCGCCUUCAUUUUGAUCAUCUCUACAUAUGACAUUUCCUUGUAGACUGUACCAGAUCCUUUAAAAGCAUGUAAUUUAAAAGUAAAUAUAUUGCAUUCACUUGAAAGUGGCCACCUUUGGAAGAGUCUGCCUGCUCCCAUAAAUCAGAUGCUUUGAUGUGUAGUGUGACUCCAGAAGUGGGUUAGGAGGAGCACACAUGCUUUCCUCCUCAGUGAUCAUAGCAGCAGCCUCCUCUCUUCUGCUGCCAGGCAGACUUAGUCAUAGCAAAGGACCCUUUCAUCACGGGUGGAAACAUGAUGAAUCAUAAACACUUUUUUUUCAAAGAAAUAGCUCAUCAUAAAUGAUCCUUUUUCAUUCAUUAUCUUCUGCCUUAUUAUGAUCUUUCAGAUUUCCAUAACCAAUAACCAUCACGAGCCCGAGUUACAUCCACACAUCAACAGUUAAACAAGAUUCUCAGUAAAAUAACUCCAGUCAACUAACAGUCAGUGAGAUUAAAAUGAUUCAAGUUUAAAAUGAUUCAUGUUUCUGAAGCAGAAACAUUCCAGUGCUGAUCAGAGGGUGUUACUGAGUUACAAAAUGAGAUGGAAAGUGAAUUAUUUUAGUUAAAAAGGCUAGUUGAGCCAUGUGGUUUCACAUUUCUUAGCUUCAUUCUCACUCAAAAUGAUGCUGCAGCAGUCAGUGAGCAUGGGAAGACCACCAGGCUGCUCAGUCCAACCUCACCAGCCAAAAUCCUGGACUUAAGUCAGUUUUCUCAUUUAUGUCUUUUUGGAGUUUCCAGUUGCAUUUAGUCUUUUUUUUCAUGAACGCUGUUGGACAAACUCACAGUGAUGUUGCAUAACAACUAGAUAUUGGAA